UUCCCGCUUCCGCAAAUAAUCACUAGUUGCAGCUGAGCUCGGCGGCUCCAGCAGCAACCCGCUGAUGGACAGAACGUGUUUCCGUAGCAGAGCCGGUAACGGAGCGGACUUAUUUUUAUUUUAACAGGUGGACAAAUGUCUUUGACGCUCUCUGGCUGUAUUUCCAAAGCCCUGUUACAGCAGCCCUGGCCGCCCUGUCCAUGCCGCUGGCUUUGGAUUGAGGUUCAUCCCACAGACACAUUGAAUACGCCAUGGUGGAUGUGACCAAAUGGCCCGUGUUCAGCCUGAUGGGGAACCAGGAGCUGUCCACCAUACGGAAAGCUAGCGUGUUCGGGAUGUCCGCCAAUGAGGCCAUCUACAUCACCAAAGAUGACGAGGUGUACGUGUUCGGGUUGAACUGCAGCAACUGUCUGGGGACAGGGGACAGCCAGAGCAGCAUCGUGCCCAAGAAGCUGGACUUCCUGAGUGGUAGGAAGGUGGUCCGCCUGAGCUACGGCAGCGGACCCCACGUGCUGCUGGCCACGGAGGACGGAGAGCUAUUCGCCUGGGGUCAUAACGGUUACAGCCAACUAGGAAACGGCACAACCAACCAAGGGGUCGCUCCAGUGCUCGUGUCUGCCAAUCUGCUCAAUAAGAAAGUCACAGACGUGGCCUGUGGCUCUCACCACUCGAUGGCUCUGACUGACUUGGGAGAAGUGUAUGCGUGGGGCUACAACAACUGUGGUCAGGUGGGUUCCGGCUCCACAGCGAACCAGCCCACCCCCCGCAGAGUGUCCAGCUCGCUGCAGAGCAAAGUGGCCGUCAGCAUCGUCUGUGGGCAGAACUCAUCCCUGGCAGUAGUGGAAAAUGGAGAAGUGUACGGUUGGGGCUACAAUGGGAAUGGACAGCUUGGACUUGGAAAUAAUGGGAACCAGCUCACUCCCUGUCGCCUUGCAGCUCUCCAGGGUUUAUGUGUGCAACAGAUUGUCUCCGGCUACGCCCACUCCCUGGCACUGACAGACGAGGGGCUGCUCUACGCUUAGGGUGCCAACACAUAUGGACAGCUGGGCACGGGCAACAAGAGCAACCAGCUGAGCCCUGUCCAGAUCAUGGCCGAGAAAGAGAGGAUUGUGGAGGUCGCUGCCUGUCACUCCACUCACACAUCGGCCGCCAAGACUCAGAGCGGUCAGGUGUACAUGUGGGGCCAGUGCCGGGGCCAGUCCAUCGUGCUGCCUCAUCUCACGCACUUCACCUGCACCGAUGACGUCUUCGCAUGCUUCGCCGCGCCCUCCGUCAUGUGGAGGCUUCUCUCCAUGGAGCCGGAUGACUUCCUGACCGUGGCUCAGUCUCUGAAGAAAGAGUUUGACAACCCAGACACUGCCGACCUCAAGUUCUGCAUCGACGGCAAAUAUAUCCAUGUCCACAAAGCCCUUCUCAAAAUAAGGUGUGAACAUUUCAGAUCCAUGUUCCAGUCCCACUGGAAUGAGGACAUGAAAGAGGUGAUUCAAAUAGACCAGUUCUCCUACCCAGUGUACCGUUCCUUCCUCGAGUUCCUCUACACAGACAAUGUGGAGCUGCCUCCCGAGGACGCCAUCGGGCUGCUGGACUUGGCCACAUCGUACUGUGAGAACCGCCUGAAACUGCUGUGUCAGCAUAUUAUCAAGAGGGGAAUCACGGCUGAAAACGCCUUCUCCCUGCUGUCUGCUGCUGUGCGCUACGAUGCAAAGGAUCUGGAAGAGUUUUGCUUUAAGUUCUGUGUGAACCACCUGACUGAAGUGACCCAGACCGACGCUUUCUGGCAGAUUGAUGGCAACCUGCUCAAAGAUUUCAUAUGUCGGGCCAGCCGCUCCGGUGCCUUCAAAAACUGACUAACCCUAAAUCUCUGGGGACGCUGCGGGGGACUCCGGCAGUGACUCCUCAAAGGACCCCCAGUCGACUGCAACGGCCUUCACUGACAGGUGCUAUAUAUGAAGACUAUUGCUGUCAAAUCAUGUUCUUCAUCUCAUUAGAGGCAGUGUGCAUGCUGAAGCAGUACUGUUCAGUUACAGUAGGAGUUUGCCUCACUGCCCAUUUAUUUAUACACAAUGUGUAAAGCAGGACUUGAAAUGAGGCAUAUUUUUACUUGAUAAAGUUGUCUAUUGUCUUAAAAGAUUUCUGCCAGUCUCCCGAGAUCAGUUUCAUUGAGGUUACUUUUGUGUUUGCACUUGCUUGAAGUUUGGUUUUGUUCCUCUUUACAAAAAGUCAUCCACAUCUUGUGGAUGUUCCCCAUGGAAUCAGUUUUCAGGUAUUAGGCUGUUUGCACUUUGAGAGAGUAUGAAGACUGGUUCAAGCCUUAAUUGAUUAUCUGCAAGCUACAGUAAAUUUGUUAAUUCCUAAUGUUGGAAAAUAUCAUUUCCAAAGCUACCAUAACAUGGAAAAAAACUUAUUUCCCUUGGUGUUAACUGGAAGAGUCAUUAAACAUCUGUUUACAGGAAAAAGCUUAACUUGGGUCUCGACUUUUCAAAGUUGUAUGUGAAACUGGUGAGAAUUUACAAAAAUGUCUUUAUUUGAGUAUUAUAAAUUGCAAGUUUUAGUGUCCUUUGCAAUCAUAGAUUUGUAUUAAUAAAAAUGCAAAUCAGGAGUCAUCUUGAAGUUGCAUGCACUUAUCAACAGGUAUCGUUCUGUUGGAGUCGCUUUACAUUUCCUCAGGAUUAGGCUUGGGUAUCGAGGAUCGAUUGGAAUCUGUUUAAAAUUCGAUUCCUAGUUUUGAUUCUCAGUCCGCCGGCGCCGACCGGAAAUAGAAACCGGUGAACAUCAACCGGAAGUGUUGGCAUAACAGAGCGAUCGAACGUGUGGUUACACUUUUCGAAACAAACCGAAAACUUGGCAAAAUGCCGUCAGUGUCCCUGAUUUGAGGUUGGGAGAGUUGGCACCCUAUGUGUGCCCCGUCUGUGACGCGCUGCACCGACCGUCCUCCGCUGCCUCUUCUUCUGGCUCCAUGGGUUAUUAGCCCAUAAGUGGGAGCAAGGUAACGUUUAAGUACCUGCAGUAUCUGUUGAUGUGUUUUUGUGAGGUUUCAAAAAUAAAGAUCUCUUGAGGAAAGUGCAUAAAAAAAAAAGUUCAUAGAAUUAACAUUGAUGGAGAAGGUCAGACUAUUUCCUUCAGAAAGACCCUUGGUUAGCUAGCUCAUUUAAAAUAUCUUAAACUUAAACUUUAUUGACCCUGCCUCUUGAAAGAAUCUGAAUCGCUGGGAACCGGAAUC